CGAAAGUGUAAUUGAUUAUCUUUACCUUAGCUUUACCGCAAAUACUGGAAGAAUUAGCUGAUUCAGCAGUCGAGCUUCCAGAUCUAUCUUGUACUGUGGUCAGUUUAAUUAUUCUCAUUAGUUUUACCUGAUAUAAGUCAGGGGAGCUGGAGGCAGUGCCAGAGGCCGAGGCCAAGGCCAAGAGGCAAAAGGGGCAACCGUCAAGAGGUAUAGCCAGAUCUUGACUGCACAAUGUCCCAGGAGUAAAGAAAUCAAUACAAGUAUCAAGUAUUGAGCUGAGAGACAUCAUAGCACUGUUCUUUCCCGCAAUCAAAUUCUUAUUAAUUGGUGAAAUUAAGGACGAUCACGGCUGCGAUGGACAAAAUACUUACUGUUUUAACACGGGGAAGGCUCUUCCUCACUGUCACCUUGGCGAUGAUAUGUAUUCUGGGAGAUUUUCUACUGACGUGUGCCACCAUCAUAUCAUCUAACUUGCGUAGAGCUCUCAUAGACAAUGGAACCCAUGGCCUAGUUGGUCUCCUAUCCUGGGCAGUGGUCGUCAACCCAACCUUAUUACCCCUUGGAACAUUAGUGAGGGAACCCUUUCUUUGGGAAAUUCUUCUCUGUGGUGUCUUAUCUUCCUUGGUAGAUCUUGAUCAUUUUGCAGCAGCUGGAACUGUUAAAUUACAGAAUGCAUUAUCCCUAAAAUCGAGACCUCCGUGCCAUGCAACCACACUCAUCCCAGUAAUCUGUCUCUUCCUUCUCCUCAUUGUAAGACUCUUCAAACUCCAAAGGAUACGUCGUUUACCACUCAUCUUGUUUGUUGCUUGGUUCUCUCACCACAUACGGGAUGCAGCAAGGAGAGGACUUUGGUUGUGGCCCUGGGGAAGCACAUCACCGCUACCUUACUGGUUAUAUAUUACUCUAAUUGUUGUUAUUCCGUACUUGGUGAUAUCUCUCAUGAAUGUCACAAACUAUUGGACUGGUCCUUCAGUGGAUUCCAAGCAUCUUCCAAGUGUGACAGGAGUGCAGCAUGUAUAAGGUGCAAGUUUUACUCUAGGAUCUCAAAAGAGAGAAUCAAUGUCAGCCUCAGGAAAGAAAUCCAUGGAAGCAACCUAUGUGUGUUUGAAGAGUGCAAUCUGUGUGGAAUUUUAGUCAUGAUGACUUGCAAAGCUUUACUACAACAAAACUAGGAUUUUCAUGAAAAGAAUAAACGAUAUCAGCAGCAGGGAAUAACUACAAGCUUCAAACACGUUGUUCUCAUUGUCACAUAUGUUAACUGCAAUAAUGUACUUUCUCAAAGCAUAGGAAAGUAUAAAUGAAGCCAUGGAGUCAACAAAAAUAGUUUUGAAUAAACAAGGAUAUGCUAAGAAAAAGUGGAAAGUGCAAUCAUGUUUAAAUAUAGCUGAAACUGUGUAUUAUUUAUGUUGUGAAAAGUUGAUAUGGAAAGUUUAUUUAACGUUUUUAAAGGAAUAUAUCUUUAAAAAAUAUUAUUUGUUGAACCUUAAAAUGUUUUGUGUCAUUUCAUAUUAAUUCAACUGUGCAAGUUUGUAGGAAUAGAAUGUUCUACAUUGUGUUAUUUCAUUCCAACAUGGGUGUAUUUUGACAACAUGACAUUGUUUUUACUUUAAUUUUGAUGUUAUUUUUGGGGGCACACUUGUCUUACUCUUUAAGAUAUAAGGAUUUAAGAGGAGAUCGAUCAUUAGAGAAUUUUAAGUGAAAUGUUAGGUGUGAAAACAUGGGCUUCCUAUCAUACACAAUUUGAAGUUCAUGCCUCAACUGGUUUUUCAUAUAUCGCCAAUGUGAAGUAACAGGGAAAGACAACAUGACAAACCAGAACCACAUGUACAUACAUUUAUGAAAAAACAGAAUUCUUACAUCCACCUUGAUGACAUCUUCAUUUAGCCUGUACAUCAGUUCAUUCCCCAAUGCUCAUAUAUUUAAAAUUUAUUAAAAAUCAGAAUAGGGAAUUUUCAGGACUGUGAAGUUGUUAUAAAUCAUUGUAAUCUGAAACUAAAAAACCAAUGGGCACAUGCUAUCCAAGGACAUACCACGUGAACAUUGCCAGUAAAAGGAACUCUUCAUUCUAGUGGGAGAGACCAGUCUAUCGUGAUAUUUGGUUUAGUGGUGGUUAUUUUACCCGACUGCUUAGAAAGCAUAAAUGCUUGUUAGUAAGUAACCAGAGGACUGACGGCUUUAGGUCCUCUCUGAAGGACCUGGUAAUGAGGAUCAAUGCCUUGAAGCUAGAUCCAAUAUACAUUAGAGAACCAGAUCAGUGGAAGUUUUAGCAAAUUCCAUGAAGUAUAAGGAAGUUAUUUAUUUUUAUUUUUAAAUCAAUUAAACACAAGUUGACAACUCUGUGACAUAUGGAAAAGAUAUAUUCCUUCAUUGACAUGGUGGAAAUUUAUGCCAUUUUCUGUAGAGAGCAAUAUAGAGAGGAUCUCCAAAGAUACAUCACAGUUACCAAUAUGUGUUUGAUGUUUACAACUUAAAAAACUAAUAACAUUACUUUCAUCUGAUUUUUUUUCCUCAAAUCUCCACCGAUCCAAUUCUCUCUUUUUUCUGCUCGUCACUGGAAUUUUCCUAGUGCGCUAUAUAGAUGGAAUGUGAUUGGUGUAUCUUAUGGGCCAGCCCAUUAUCCUAUGAUGCUCAAUACAUGCAUACAAAACACAACAAAAUACAGAUGUUAAGUUACAAUGCAUAUAUGCAAGAUUUAUUACAAAAUAUAAGUUUACAUUCAUUUAUAGCAGGUAAAUUAGACCCAAUAACCAUUUUGAAAUCUACCAUAUCCAUUAAAUUCAAUUAAUUUGUACAAAAUAGUUCAUCUACAAUUAUUUGAUAUGAAAUUUGAAAUUAAAUAUUAACAUUGUAAAGUUCAUUUUCACUUAUUCUUAGAUUCAAAAUGAAGCCAAAAGCGAUGCACCGUCAUUCAUUUCAUUCUACAAUAUUAUUUCAAAUACAAAUUGCAAAUGACCGUAUUCAUAUGUACUAAAUACUGAAAUGGAUUUGAAAUUUUCAAAUUUAAUUUUCAAUUUCUUUAAAUCUAGAUCUCUAGAUCUGGUCUAAUCAAAGGUACUAUUCCUUCAGGUUUGGUUAUGAAUUGUGUGUAAAUCUGUUUAGAAAUGUUGGGGAGAAAUGGAAAGAUUCAAAUAUAAAAGCUUUCAUAGAAUCUGUUGUCUGUUUUCUCCCUCGAUUUGAUAAUAACCAUGAUUGUAGAAAUUACAAUCUUUUCAGAAAUCUCUUUUAUGUUUUCAUGAUAUCAUGACUACCCUUUUCAUAAUAUAUCAUAAUCAAAAUACCGGAAAUUCAUUGUACAUAAUUAUCCAAUUUCUUUUUUUUUUCAACCAAGAUACAGGACAUAUUUUACAAUAUAUUUACAAAAUAAGUCAAUUAUUCAAAAUUAUUACUUGAGUCAAACAUAUUCUGAAUUUACAAUAUUUUUACUGAAUAACUUAGAUGUAUAUCUACAGAUUUCUAAUAAAAUAUUUAUUAAAAAUAAUAUUAAAUCAUAGGUUGAUUACAUAACAUGUGAUUCUAAAUUUGAUUUUCCAGGUAAGGUAAUUUAGCCAAAUGUAGCGGCCGGGCAUGUAAAGUUACAGACAUGAUUUGUCUGUUUGGAGCCAGUGGGUGUUUAAUAACUCAUACAAUGCUACACAGAGUUGAUCCCCUUCUGGCUCUAAACAUAUGAAUUGUUAGUAAUAUCAGACAGUGAACAUUGACGUAUCUCAAUGAUAGUUUCCAUAAUACAUAGCAGAGAUAUUUCCCAUCUCUAUGUCCUAAUACAAUAUUGUAUCUCAUGCAAUACAAUUAGGAUUUCAACAUGAUGCAUUUUGAGUUCCAGAAAUGUCUUAAUGUACCACUACGGUAACUAUUGCUAAUCUACCUACAGGCUUCAGGGAUAUCCAAUUACUGGUAAAGAAGAAAGUCUGGCUGAUGAAAGUUGCUUUUUAUAUGUGAGGUCCCUUGGUAUGAUAUACAAACCAUACAUAGGAAUGUACAUGUAGGUUGACAUUGUAUCAUCCACACACCUUUAUUGAUCUUGUUUGAAUAAAUACAAUAUUAAAUGUCA